AUGGGAGCCGUCGCAGGUUUCCAGGGCAAGUGGUUUAGAGUCUCUGGAGGAUCUGCGUUUACUCUCGUCCUCCUUCUGUUUUCAUUCUUCCUAUCGCUUGCCCUACUGUUGAUCCCCAUCAUCUACGACCGUUGGGACAAAGGUCGCCGCCCAGCACAGUUCCUCUCGCAGCCGCGUGCGACGUUUAUCCUCCACAUCUUUGGAAGCAUCCUGAUGCUGCUGGCAGCGUUCAUCGUCACUAUCAGCGCAUGGACCAACGCUGGCUGCAAGAGUGCAGACAAUGACCAGCACGAGAGUCUCGGCGACGAUUACAAGAAUGCCCUUCCAGGCUGGUGCCGCACCAAGAAGGCGUCUGCCAUCUUUGACUGGCUGGCGGUCAUCGCUUGGUUCGCCCUCACCGCACUGUCUGGCCUCGACUUCCGCAACGAGCGUCGCGUGUCAAGCGAGCCGAGCUUUAUCCCUCCCGAGUCCCCUGGCCUCAACAGUGGUAACGGUCGUUACAAUCAGCUUGAGGACGAAGAGGCGAGCGUGUUUGCGGACAAGCAUGAGGCGGCUCCCCGGCCAUACAGUGAGGCGGCUCCCCGGCCAUACAGUGGCUACGCUGCUCCCAGUGCUGCCGCUGCGGACAGCGCCAUGGCUCGUCCAAGUGUGGAUGCCUAUGGAGCCUUUGACGGUGACAUGCCUGGAGCAAUGCACCACGCCAGUGACGAGCCUAGCCGCACCAUGCAGAUGGCAUACCAAGACCCUUACGCGGAGGUUCGCCAGAACGUCAUCAACGAUGGUUACUCUCAGACCGGCGCGUACCCCCCAGCUGGCGGCCAGCAAUACCCGCAGUCCAACAGCCCGUACCCACCAACCUACCACUAG